CACCCCCUCUCUUUUCUCUCCACCUCUCUCUCCCACUCCCUCCGCCAUUCCAUCAGGUCCUCACAAACACAGAAGUUCAGAGGGAAGACAGCUCCCUUACCAGAGAAGGAAAGAAACAAAGAAACGGAGGAAGAGAGAAAGUGUGAGGGGAAUAAAAAAAGAAGUGGUAUUAACAGUGGAGGACAAGUUUUGGAGGAGAGGAGAGCAAAGGGAGAGAGGGGUGGUUUGGGUGGGGGGUGGGUAGCGUACAAGGCUGCUCCGUCUGUCUCCUCCAUCCCUCCCGUCUCCGUCGCCGUGGGUUCACAGCUCUCCCUCCCCCCCUCCCUCGCUCCCUACCUCCCCCGCUCGCUGCUGGCGGGAGCCUCCGAGCUGCUGCGGCGGAGGUCGUCUCGGAUGGAGUCGCCGAGAGACGUAGGAGGAGAGACGAUGGAGCGCGGGGAGCGGGCCGAGCCACUGACCGAUGCCGAGCGGGAGAUCAUCCAGAACACCUGGGUACACGUCUACGAGAACUGCGAGGACGUGGGCGUGUCGGUCCUCAUAAGGUUCUUUGUGAACUUCCCGUCAGCCAAGCAGUACUUCAGCCAGUUUCAGGACAUGGAUGACCCAGAGGAGAUGGAGCGCAGUGUCCAGCUGAGGCACCACGCCCGCCAGGUGAUGGGCGCCAUCAACAAGGUGGUGGAGAACCUCCACGACCCAGAGAAAGUGUCCUCUGUUCUGGCUCUGGUGGGCAAGGCGCAUGCUGUCAAACACAAGGUGGAGCCUAUGUACUUUAAGUGUUUAUCUCACUUCCUUCCUUUCUCCAUCUCUCAGAUCCUGUGUGGUGUAAUGCUGGAGGUGUUCUCGGAGGACUUCCCAGAGUUCUUCACGGCAGAAGUGCAAAUGGUGUGGACCAAACUGAUGGGGGCGGUGUACUGGCAUGUGACGGGCGCCUACACAGAAGUUGGCUGGGUGCAACUCUCCAGCUCGGCAGUGUGAGGGGCGAUAGCGGGGUUGAUUUUUAGGGCUGAGACUGUUCAUAGAAUAUCUUGUUGUGUUCAACUUUUGGGGGAGUCUUUCCCCUCUCCCUGCUGACUCAUUGUGUGUACUUUACUGUAUAGCCCCUGAGAUUCUGUCUGUAUAGCCCCUGAGGCGUUGUCUGUAUAGCCCCUGAGGUGUUGUCUGUAUAGCCCCUGAGGUGUUGUCUGUAGAGCCCCAGAGGUGUUGUCUGUAUAUCUCCUUAGGUGUUUUCUAUAUAGCCCCUGCGGUGUUGUCUGUAUAGCCCCUGAGGUGUUCUCUGUAUAGCCCCUGAGGUGUUGUCUGUAUGGCCCCUGAGGUGUUGCCUGUAUAGCCCCGGAGGAAUUGUCUGUAUAGCCCCGGAGGUGUUGUCUGUAUAGCCCCUGGGGUGUUGUCUGUAUAGCGUACAGUAAGUGAGCGUGUGUAUUCUCUAUGCCCUCAUCCAACCCUCAUUGUAGUAUUGUAAAUCUCCAAUGCUUUCAAGGGAACUAAGGGCUCCAUUUUAGGGAGUUUUGUUGCUCACUGAAUGUAUGCCACUUUGGAUUCCCAAACACACCCUGUCUCUUUCCAUGCCCAUCUCAUGCACUAUACAAACACACCCAUCUGCUAACACCCUGUCCAUACGGCAAAUGGCUAUUUAAAUGUAGAAACAAUUUCAAAGUGAUGGGAUAGAGCCACAGGCUGACAGACCACUGUUAAGGUGCCAUCUCCUCUUUAUAAGCAUGCAUGAACGAGCACACACACACACACACACACACCACUCUGCCGACUUUGACCGCCCACAUUUACAGAGCAUUUACUUGGUUUACAUUUCCUCAUUAAACUCUCCAUUAAGGGUUUAAGAAACUGACUCCGGAGGUCUCUGGAAAUACAACGGACCCUUUAAAGUAGCUUCAGUGUAUCUUUCACCUCUGAACCACUAGGGUAAGACAAAAUAUUCAUAUCGACCAUAUCUGAUAUACUAAGCACUCUACAACCCUACCAAGAGGUCUAUACACUUUGGUACAGUUUAAACCAUGUUGGGUUGGCAUGUACAAUACGGUGCCACAAGUUGCUGCUCCCAACUUUUCCCCUGAAUACACUACAAAUGGAUUUUGAGUGUCAGUUUAGAUCCAAUCUCCUCUGUGUCUCUGAUAGUAACUCCUCUGGUCCCUCUCAGAUUUGUCAUUUACCAUUAAUGAGGAAGUAAUGGGGCUCCGAUCUUCCUCUUGUGGUCAUUCAUCAAAUAUCUCCCCUACUCUCUCAUCCUUUCUUUCCUCUGGCCAAAUGCUGAGAGAGAACAUCCCUCUAUCUGCUUUGCUAACAUGGCUAUUUGGCUAAUAAUAUAAUUCUAUUCAUAUUCUACUGCCUUCUCCUUUGUUGUUCCUUUGGAGGCCAGCAGUAAAGUUACAAGAUCAAGGAUAUACAGUUGGCUUAUAUGGCUGAUAAAUAACCGCCACAUGAAGUUGAGCUAAUACAAUAUGGCAAACUCAUUCAGCAAGAGACCAGUGGCUGUGGAUGAGAGGAAAUGAGGUGGAUUACUGUAGAAGUUGUUGUCUAUAAUAAAUUCUCUCUCCCAUUACACCUACAGUACAAUACACUCACCAGUCUCACACUGCUAGCAAAACAUUUGACCUCAGAUCUGGAGUACAAACCCAUAGAGGUCAGGCUCCUCUGUUCCUCUGAGUAGCUCGGGGUGGAGGUGUAUUUGUGUUGGGCGUGAGCCGCCCCGACAGGUUGUUUUAUUAAACACGUCACCCAUAAUUCACAAAAUGGCUACAUUUAUUUUUUAAAUUCUCCCUUCAGCUGUAAGCUCGUACCCUCCAUCUGCAGAGUUUUCCUCCCUGACACACUCUCUCACACACACACACACAUACACACACACACACACACAGAGAGACAUCAUAUACUACAUCUGGGACUUCUUGUUGUGAAUUGUUUUUUUGUCAGUGAGUUUUAAAGCUUGGACUUUAUAUUUUUCUAAAUAUAUAAAACACAAUAAUUAUCUGUUUAUGUAUUUGGAAUGAGUUGCAAAUGAGAACUUGUUCUCAACUGGCCUACCUGGUUAAAUAAAGGUGAAAUAAAAUAAAAAAAUGGAAUACUUUAUAUAACUAUGAUUAUAUACAUUUGUUGCCUGGGGCAGUGGGAGUGGUUUUGUGCUGUUUUAGCAUGUUUGCACAGCCUCCUACAGACGUGUACCUUUGCAGACCUGGUGAAAUUAACUAUCAACAACUAUCAAUAAAGUGAUAAUUACCUACAAUUGUU